UCAACCUGCGCCCAUCAAAUCAAAUGGAAACAUCUACAAUAAAACUCACACUGUACACAUGGGGUGCUAACAGUUUCGGGCAGCUGGGGCUUAAGAAUGCUGAAGAUCAGGUGAAGCCGCAGUGUGCAGACUAUGGACAGGAAGCAAGAACAUUCCGGGCCAUCACAGGCGGAGGCGGACAUUCAGCGCUCAUCACUGAAUGUGGGGAGCUGCUGGUAUGUGGACAGAAUCACAAAGGCCAGCUUGGACUUGGCCAUGUAUCAGAGGUCAUGACCUUUCAGCUUUGCCAGUUGCCAGGCAGCAGGACUGUUCAGCAAGUGUCAUGUGGCUGGGACUUCACCAUCAUUCUUAGAGAUGAUGGACAUGUCUUGGCAUGUGGCUCCAAUGCUUUCGGUCAGCUGGGCGUCCCGCUGCAGACACAACACACAGCACAGCCUCUACUAAUCACCUCUUUAAAGGAACCUGUCAUCAGUGUAGCAGCAGGGCUUAGACAUGCGCUUGCAGUAACAGGUUCAGGUGGUGUCUAUCAGUGGGGUACAGGCCUGUUAAGUCAAGCAAAACGAGCACUGAAUCCUCAGCCUGUCCCAGCCCAUUUCAGCUCCAAGGAGCCCUGCUUGGUCACAGGACUGGACCAGGUAUCUGUCAAGAGUGCGACUGCGGGCUCUGCGCACUGCGCCUGCUUGACUGUGCACGGUGAGGUGUUCCUAUGGGGCAGUAAUAAACACGGCCAGCUGUGUCGAAAGGAAACCUUCCUACCUCUGCCUACAGCUUUAGACCGAUCACUGUUAAACGGAGAAAGCGUUUCAGCUAUACACAGUGGCUGGACACACAUAAUCGCCCAAACAGAGAGUGGAAGGGUCCUUACAUGGGGAAGAGCCAGUUAUGGACAGCUUGGGAGACGAGUGACAAACAGUGACGGUACAGAAUCAAGUCUUCCUUUAGAAGUCAGGACACUUCAUGGAGCCACUCAGAUUGCAUGUGGCUCGGAGCACAACCUUGCCAUCGUAGACCAUGGCCUGGCGCGGCUGGUGGAGGCCUUUCGCACCCAUGGGCACAAAGCUGCUAAAAUUAACCCUUUAAUGCCCAACACACCUCUUAUGGACAAGUUGGCAGAGAUUGUCAUCCUCAAUAGCAGCCUCCCAGGAACCCUCAGGACAUCAGGUUUGAGGCAUUUUGGGAAAUCGGAGGCCAGGACAGAGGAGGUGGUUGCGUACUUGGAGGACAUCUAUUGUGGAAGGAUCUCUGUGGAGAUCAGUCAGCUGGAGAGUCUGGAGGAGAGUGUGUGGCUCACCGACCGCUUUGAAGAGCUCAAGAAGGAGAGCUUCACUGCUGAAGAGAGGAGACAGCUGGCAAAACUCAUGCUGGAAUCACAGGAAUUUGACCACUUUCUAGCCACCAAGUUUGCCACAGUGAAGCGGUAUGGAGGAGAGGGAGCAGAGAGCAUGAUGGGAUUUUUCUGUGAGCUUUUCAGUUCUGCAGCAAAGAGUGGCGUAACAGAUGUGAUAAUGGGAAUGCCUCACCGUGGACGCCUCAACUUGCUUACUGGACUUUUGCAUUUCCCCCCUGAGUUAAUGUUUCGUAAAAUGAGAGGUCUCAGCGAAUUUCCAGAGAACUCUCCCGCCAUCGGGGAUGUCCUCUCUCACCUCACCUCUUCUGUGGACCUGGAAGUGGGCGCCGGCCACCCCCUCCACGUGACUAUGCUUCCCAACCCAUCCCAUUUGGAGGCCAUUAACCCUGUUACUCAGGGGAAGACGCGUGGCCGGCAACAGCUCAAACAGGAUGGGGAUUAUUCUAGCGACAGCCAUGCUAGGCCUGGGGACAAAGUCAUCUGUUUGCAGGUUCAUGGUGAUGCCUCAUUCUCAGGGCAAGGAAUUGUAACAGAAACAUUCACCCUGUCAAAUCUCCCUCACUUCAGAGUUGGUGGAAGCAUCCACCUUAUUGUGAACAAUCAAGUGGGCUAUACCACUCCCUCUGACAGAGCCCGCUCAUCCUUGUACUGCAGUGAUAUUGGUAAGAUGGUGGGCUGUGCUGUGAUCCAUGUAAAUGGCGAUGAUGCUGAAGAGGUUCUCAGAGCCACACGGUUAGCUGUGGAGUAUCAGAGACGCUUCAGGAAGGACAUUAUAGUGGAUCUGCUGUGUUACCGGCAAUGGGGUCACAAUGAGCUGGACGAGCCGUUCUUCACAAACCCUGCCAUGUACAAAAUCAUCCGCUCAAGGAAAAGCAUCCCGGAUUCCUAUGCUGACCAGCUGAUCUCCGAGGGAUUGAUGACAGAGGAAGAAUGCAGUCAGAUUAAAACAGCCUACUACUCCUUCCUCAGUGAGAGUCUGGCCAACAUGACUUUCUAUAGCCCUCCACCCACCAACCUGCAGGGUCGCUGGGGGGAUCUGAUCGAGCCGCAGAACAGAGUUUCAACCUGGGACACUGGCGUGACUGUUCCCCUGCUUCAGUAUGUCGGAGCAAAGUCAGUGGAGGUCCCUGAGGAGAUCCAGGUGCACAGUCACCUUGUGAAGAUGCACAUAAAGUCGAGACUGCAGAAACUCGAAGCAGGAUCUGCACUGGACUGGUCCACUGCUGAGGCGCUGGCGUUCGGCACACUCCUCUGUCAGGGCUUCGACGUGCGGAUCAGCGGCCAGGAUGUGGGCCGUGGUACAUUUAGUCAACGUCAUGCCAUGGUUGUGUGCCAGGAAUCCAAUGACAUGUAUAUCCCUCUCAAUCACAUUGACCCUCAACAAAAAGGCCAUCUGGAGGUGUGUAACAGUGCACUGUCUGAAGAGGCAGUGUUAGGCUUUGAGUAUGGGAUGAGUAUUGAACAGCCAAAGCUGCUGCCCAUAUGGGAAGCUCAGUUUGGGGAUUUCUUCAAUGGAGCGCAAAUCAUCUUUGAUACCUUUAUCACUGGAGGUGAAGCAAAGUGGUUGCUGCAGAGCGGCAUGGUCAUUCUGCUGCCACACGGCUACGAUGGCGCCGGACCUGAACACUCGUCCUGUCGCAUUGAGCGUUUCUUACAACUGUGCGACAGUAAGGAGGAAGGCAUCGAUGGUGACGUAGUAAAUCUUGCCAUGGUGAAUCCAACAACUCCGGCUCAGUACUUUCACCUGCUAAGGAGACAAAUGAUCCGAAACUUCCGCAAACCACUGAUUGUAGCAUCACCCAAAACGCUGCUGCGUUUUUCUGGGGCAGUGUCGAGCUUGGAGGAAAUGGGACCUGGAACUUCGUUCAAGCCUGUAAUUGGUGACACUUCUGUAAAUCCUGAGAGUGUGCAGCGAGUGCUGCUUUGCUCAGGCAAACACUAUUAUGCACUGCUGAAACAAAGAGAGACGCUGCCUGAGGCAUGUAAGAACACGGCUCUGAUCAGAGUAGAGGAGCUUUGCCCUUUCCCCACAGACGCCCUACAGCAGGAGCUGCGCAAAUACACCAAUGCCAAAGAGUUUAUCUGGAGCCAAGAAGAGCCACAGAACAUGGGAUGCUGGUUUUUUGUGUCUCCGCGAUUUGAAAAACAGCUUGCUUGUAAGCUGCGGUUGGUCAGUAGGCCUCCUCUACCUGCCCCUGCUGUCGGCAUCGGUACUCUUCAUCAGCAGCAGCAUGAAGCCAUUCUUACAGCCUCCUUCUCCUGAUACACAUAAAGCAUUACCCCAGUUCGACCCAGUGCGGCACCUGAUGUACAGUACAGCUGCCACAGAGCACUUCUCCCAACCAGCAUCUAUGCCACAUUUUAUUGUGUGAAAUGUUUUAUUUAAUUUACUUUAAUUGUUUACAAAACAUGAUCUGUCCAUUUUCAUUUAUGGUUUUCAGAUAUCAAGAUGUUCAGAUCUACAGUGAAAAGUACGGAGCCCCUCUGGUGACAUGGGUGAAAAAAAAAAUAUUCCGUGGCCACGAGUUAAUAAUAUGUGGGAACGAGAUCCUAUUCCGUGGCCACGACUUGCUUAAUGCGUGGGAACGAGAUGAUUAUUGGGUGGCUACGAAUUAAUAACGCGUGGCCACAAAAUGAUUCAAGUUCCAGCCUGAUGGGAUGAUGUCCAGUUUUUGAGCGGCCGUCAAAUUUGCUGACCAUAUUUGCAUGAUGAAAUCUAUAACUUCCCCGAGGUCAGCAUAUUGUCUACGUUUGAGCCCGUGCUUUUUGAGCAGCCGAAUUAAGUGUCUCUUGCUCAGAAUUACUCCAUGUCUAACUGCAAGUGAUUUAAGGAUAUCACUAUAAUUCAUUCCUAGAUUAAAAUAAAACGAAACCAGAUCAAACUUGUCCAUAUUUGCGGCUGAAGCUACUGAUGCCAGAAAGUCAACAGUCUCAGUGAUGAAAUGACUAACACUUCUCAUGGCCACGCGUUAUUAAUUCGUGGCCACCUAAUAAUCAUCUCGUUCCCACACGUUAAACAAGUCGUGGCCAUGGAAUAGGAUCUCAUUCCCACGCGUUAUUAACUCAUGGCCAUGGAAAAAAAAAUAUUCCUUGGCCACGAGUUAAUAACGCAUGGGAAUGAGAUCCUAUUCCGUGGCCACAACUUGUAAUGUAAACACUGGCAUUAGUUGUGAUAACAUUUCUUGUUUUAAACAAAUGGCAUUAUCUCAUCUCAUCUUAUUAUCUCUAGCCGCUUUAUCCUGUUCUACAGGGUCGCAGGCAAGCUGGAGCCUAUCCCAGCUGACUACGGGCGAAAGGUGGGGUACACCCUGGACAAGUGGCCAGGUCAUCACAGGGCCGACACAUAGACACAGACAACCAUUCACACUCACAUUCACACCUACGCUCAAUUUAGAGUCACCAGUUAACCUAACCUGCAUGUCUUUGGACUGU